ACCACAGAUCUGAGCACCACAGAACCAUGCAGCUGUUGGUCUUCGCUACACUGGUGGUUGCGGCUGCGGCUGCUCCGCAAAACUACAACGCUAAUGAGUUCGUGAGGUCUGGACUGCCCGAGAUCCGCAUUCUCAGCCAGAGGUUCGAUCAGGACCCCAACACUGGAAACUACGAGUACAGCUACGAGCAGGACAACGGACAGGCGGCGGCUGAGACAGGUCAGGUAUACCCUGGACCUGAGCCAGAGACCGGCAGUCUCACCCAGCAGGGCAACUACCAGUUCGUGGGCGAUGACGGCAACACCUACCAAGUCAGCUACGUGGCCGACGAGGGAGGCUACCAGCCGCAGGGCGCCCACCUGCCGGUGGCGCCCGCGCAGAUCCCGGAGUAUGAACAGCUGAGGAUUGAACACCCCGAGCUGUUCUGGGCAGAGCAGCAGCAAUACGUCUAGGAGUAUCAGUCAUUGAGGCUCUCUGAUACUAACAUCAAACCAAGUUAACGUGCGUAUGUGGAGUGCAGCACGGAGGGACUUGACACUACAUUUGCAUGCGUUUAAUGCCGACUGCGUGAGCAAAUUCCGGGGUUGCUAAGAAAUGAGAUCGUGGAAUUUAUAUGCAUAUUCUUUUCAUACAUUCGUGCUGUUCUCUUCCGUGAGCUCGAACUGUGCGCCUGCAGAUAAGAUUGGUGUCUGCUCAAAUGCCUCUUAUGAGUACUGUGUAAUGACUGAGCGAUGCUUACUGGU